GGUAAAGUGAAAAUAAAUUAGGAUGAGGUUCAAUAAGCAGGAGUUAAUGACACUGGCUACUCAGCCAUCCCAAAAAUUUGAAAAAGAGGGAAUUUUGUACAUCCGGGAACGGCAGGAAGGAUUUUUCCGUAGGACUGAGAGUACUGGUAAAAAAGUUGACCGCAAAAGACAAAAAGGAAAAACCCAUAAGACUCUACGAAACCUCAGUUGUGUUUCAGCCAGCACAAGCAAAGUAAGCCUCGAGCGUUGGUGUCGUCUACGUGGCAAUCUUUUAUUUUACUUUAAGUCAAAGGAACAAUGGUCGGAACCGAUGGGAGUUAUUAUUUUAGAACAGUGUUCUUAUCGUAUUGAACCGCCAACUAGUCAAAUAAUUUUCGGUUUUAGUAUAGUGUUUGAAGGAGGAUUGUAUCAACAACUAGGUGCGAAUUCAUCAGAAGAACGUGAUUCUUGGUUGCAAGCACUCCAAUUGGCGAGUUACGAGUGCAUGAGAAAUCAACUGCUCGCAUUGCGCGAACGAAUUGAAAUGUCAUCGGGUCAUAAAAAUGAUACUGAUAUCCACAUGCUGAGAUUACAAAGGGGCAUUGAAACUGACCCGGCGGAAAUACCUGUCUGCGAGAUAUCACUGUCUUGCGAUAACCUUCUCUGUGAUGGACAUGGCCGUCCGCCGAACCCGGUCCUCGAGAUUGAUGUCCAGGUUGCCAAGUCUUGCACGUGGAUUAAGUACGCGCGUACGGAAGUAGUUGAGAGAAGUAGCAACCCGGGUUUUCUGACUACCGUGAGCUUCCGCUCGAGCGACGGUUUGAAUACGGACACCAAGGUGAGGAUAACGGCUUACGAUGUGCGGGAGAGGGUCAGCCAGACGGCGACGCCCAUUGGAAGUGCUUGUGUGACUUUUAGUGCGGUCCAAGACACCCCGAGACUGAGGAUACCUUUGAAGUCCGCCAAGGCAACAACGGUGGGUUUUCUGACGAUAAAUGUUUGGAGUUUGGAGGCUGAUGACAAGGGAAACAGCACUGAAAGCACUCCGUCGAGAAACAUUCCAAGUACAAAUAACGCGGGUUACUGUCAUCGACGCUCGCAGUCGUUACCUCCGAGACUGGGCACCAAAAUGAAGUUACCUCAUCAGGGACAGUUAAAGUUGCUCUUUGCUAACCCUUACGUCCAGACAUACAGGUUUCAUUCAGGUCUCGGGGGAGAUAUUUGCGUCCAUGAAAUUAUGGCCGAGAGUAAACUGUGCUUUGAAUUCCCUCAGCAGUUGCUGGGUAUCUGGAUCCAGGAGGAGAAGGAAUUGCUACAGGAAGUUGCUGGGAUGGGCGAAUUACGUGAGCCUUGGCAUACAAAACAAGUCGAGCUCCUUGAUCGUCAUCUCCAUCUUCUGCAUCUUUAUUCGCAGGCAAAAGAAAAUUUAGCGGCAUUCAAGGCCAGUUACUUUAAACGUUCGUCCCGUAAAAAUGACCGUACACUGGAAUUCGCUCCUUUAAAUCUUCAUCUGCAGCGAAUGUGGGUUCACAAUGACACGUUAAAUAAAUGUGGGUUCUAUGAUUUUGUAAGUGUCGGUGCAUUUACCGCGCACUCGCACAAAAGCAAGAAUGGCGGGUUGCUGCGCUUGGUGCAGGCAUUAAAAGAGUCUCCAACACGACAUAGUCAACUGUACCAGGGCACCUCGAAAAUAACGAUGGCUCAUGACGCUAUACAGGCGAUUAAACAGCUGAGGAGAGACGUUGUUGAGGCCAUGCGGUCGUUAAUGAAGUUGGCCAAGGAAAAACAAACCAGUGGAAUGCUUCCAAUUUGUGAAGAUAUGAUUUCUAAAACUCGUAUACUGUUGAGUCUUUGGGACCCGGGUCUUGUCGAGGAGGCGCUGACAUUUUUAGAAGAAUACAAGGUUGCAAAAAUACCCGAGGAAACUAAAAAUCAUAACGACGAAAGUUUGACGUUGAGUUUGCACUGUAAUCAGUCUUUAUCGCCGUUUAAACGAAUUACUCAGCAACUAAACUUUGAUCUUAAAAGCCCGGAUUUCGAUGAUCUCAUUACGCCAGAUACUCCUGAGUGUGUACAAGAUAUGUGGACUAAAGAGAGCACUCGUAGCAAGUACUCUGUUAGUUGUAGAAAUAAUGAAAGUAAUAAUGGUGAUGACAAUCUUGAGACGAUCGCGACAAAUGAAAAUUUUGUGAUAUUUCCUGAGGUCGAGGAUGAUCGUGACUGUAAAAAUACUCUGGAUAAUGAGAAAGACAUUGAGGACGAUGGGGAUAAUAAUAUUAAUACUAAUGAACGUAAUGAUGAUGGUGAUAGAGAAGUAGGUAAAGAAAUAGUUAAGGGGGAAGAAGAUGAGGAGGAAGAAGAGGAGGAUGGGCGUGCUAAUGGCGAGCUCGAUAUCAGCAAACGUUUUCUUGAUACCCAAAAAAUGUGCAAUUCACCAUCGGCAAAUUAUUACAAGCCAACGGACGAGCCAGAGCCUUGGGAUUUAACGCAAUUGAAUAUUGAAGCGAGCGUUAUGUGCCUGGUGUCGAAAGUUAAAUUUCUUUGUGGACGGUGUAGUAGUCCGGCAGUGAGACUCCGUAAUAAAAACGGAAUGCCUCGUACUCAGCCAUUGAGAGCUUGUCUUCCAACCAGCAGAAUCGCCUCUAAUGUCGUGACCAUUCAGCCAAAGAACGAUUUUAAGAGCGAAGAGUCCAGUAAGCUUUUGGACACUGGUAAUUCAUUACAACGUUUGCCGUCACAGGCAAGUGUAGAUGAAGCGACUACGGGAUUUGCAAAAGCUAAAGACGUUUGUCAAGCUGUCGAUUCAAUGACUCGCGUUAUCAAAAACUCCGGUCAGCGAAAUAAAUUUACCGAGGGAUUGGAUUUCGCGUCGAUUGUCGACUGGACAAGCGAAUUGCGACCGAGUAUGAAGAAAUUACGGCAAGCAAUGGACGGGUUGCUGAAAACUGCGCGACUUACCCACUCUGUAUUUCGUGUUCAAGAAGACGCCAAACUCGCCCAACGCAGUUGCAACGUUCGCUAUCGCCGUGACGUCUGUUUCAGCCAAGCGCUGACUGCACUCGUCACCGGUUUGAUGGCUAAACUCUGGUGCCAACGUCCGGAUCCACUUUUCCUCUUGAUUCUCACCACCCUGGGACCACUUGUGUCUUUCGAGGCGCUUCUCAGCUACUACGGGGACGAGAUUGACAUGUGGGGUGACAUGGCCGUCGCUGUUGAAGACUUGCACACUGUUACUUUUACUUUAACGAGAUGCGGGUUACCACAUUCUAAAAUAGAUGACACAAGUCUUGUGAAUCCUCAGUUGCCGAUGCCUAGAGUAGUCGGAUCACGUGCUGCUUUAACUGUCAUACUUCCAGUUCCCGAUGGUAUUUAUUCAUUGCUUCCAUUACCGCAGUCUUCCCGGCAAACUCUUGCCUUCAAUAUCACUCCAGUAUUUUUUAACGUCGGUAUCAAUGAGCUUGCGACUCUUGCCGAGAGUUUGGGUAACACUAAACCACAGGAAAAAAGUAACAUUGACAAUUUUGAUAGACUUAACGAGUAUUAUUUGAGGUUUAAGAAACUAAAUCUUCCUAUGGAGACAAAUUCUUCACGACUGACCGGUGGACGUUCAUUUGUAAAGCAAAGUUUAUUAUCAGACAUGAUGUCGACUUUGAAGACAAGCGUACAUGCAAAAAUAUCAAAAAACACAGACAUACUCCAAUUGUCAUCACAGAUUUGUCGACGUAUGAAAGGACUGAGGUUUACCAGCUGCAAAAGUGCCAAAGACAGAACUGGGAUGUCAAUUACCCUCGAGCAAGUUAACAUUCUUGCUACGGAGUAUCACCUGUCCGAAAAUGAAUACGCAAGGGCAUUGGACUGUAUGCGUAGCGAGGGAUGCAGGCGUGAAAAUACCUGGAAAAAUAUUGGAAUAAGAAAGUAUGCGUUUAAUAGCAUACAAGUUUUAACUCUUCCAAAAGCUUAUCGUCCGCCAACCGGAACCUACGGAUCAGCACAAACUUAAAUUUAUUUAUUUAUUUAUUUACAAACUAGCAACCACACAAAUCUUAACAAAAAUAAACUAAUUUUAACUACAAAAUAAAGUAGACUAAAUUUUAAAAAUUGUAAAAAAAUUUUAAUCGAAUGUCAAUUAGACAACUACUUAAUUAUUUUAAAAAAACUAGCGUGCAAUUCGCGAUCUCUAAUUAAAAUAUUUAUAUAUAAAUAACGAAGUAAUAUUAAGUAGGAUUGAUUCUUAUAAUUAAUUCGAGUUAAUCCAUAAUCGAGAUUAAUGAUCUUGAUUUAGUGCCAUUAACCCUCGAGAUUAACGACAAUCUCCUGUAAAUAAUAUCGAUAAUUAACAAACAAACUAACGGUUCAUACCUCACGUUUUUUUUUAAGUUUAUAUAACACAAUUAUUAAUUAUUAUUAAAAGCAAACGUAAUUAUUACGUAGUGAUAUUUUAAAAUAAAACCCUCGAUUAUGUUAACUGUUGAAAUUAUAGUAG